AUGACCCCGCCACAGGUCGAAUCGCAGCAGCAAUGGUUUAAAGGCCUGAGGGCUCCGGCGUGCGAGGAGUACACGUCAUACGCGUCGAGGAAACAUGAGCCGCUAUCCAAGGGGCCUCUCAAGCUAUCAUACAUGAGGCCGCCCCAGCAAUGUAGGACGUUCACUUCCACCGCCGUGGAGAAGCUCAUCGAGCACUUCCGGGUCAAGAUGAAAGACCCAGACCUCUUCCGGAUCUUUGAAAACGCGUUACCAAACACGCUGGACACUACGAUCCUUUGGUUCGACGAAAACGACGAGGGAAGCCCAAAGACAUUUAUAUCCACAGGUGAUAUCCAUGCAGAGUGGCUAAGAGACUCUGCACGCCAACUUUCCGUUUACCAGAAAUUGAUUCCGCAGGACCCAAAAUUAGGGAAGAUGAUCAAGGGGGCUAUCUUACAGCAGGCAGAGUACAUCAACAUCGCUCCGUAUUGUAAUGCUUUCCAGCCACCAAAAAAAUCUAAAGUCUCCAGAAAGGCCUCUUCUAUCGACAAUGUCACACCAGUGCCUCCAUGGGGUUCCGUGUUUGAAUGCAAAUACGAGUUGGAUUCGCUUGCAUCCUUCCUAACUCUAACCAACGAAUAUCUCGUGAACUCCAAAGACUACCGUCUCUUGGAAGACACUAACGUUGAAGACGCACUCAGAACGAUAGCGAAAAUACUGAAGAGAGAAUCUUCUCCUACCUUCAGCGAGGACGGUCGUGUAUUGCAGUUUUUCUACUCGUUCCGCAGAAACACCAAUAUCGGGUCGGAAACUUUACCUUUGGGAGGUACAGGAAAUCCGGUAAAUUUUAACUCUGGGUUGGUCAGAUCUGCUUUCAGACCUUCCGAUGACGCAUGCAUAUACCAGUACUUCAUUCCGGCUAACGCGCAGCUCUUGGUGGAAUUAAAGAAAUUGAUUCCUCUUUUACAAAAGCACAACGAUCCUUCCAUCGCAAAUGCCAAACUCUCAACGAUUUUCCAGACGUAUGCAGAUAAAAUAGCAAAAGGUAUCGAGGAACAUGCAAUAGUGGAUCAUAAAUUAUUUGGCCAGGUUUAUGCCUACGAGAUAGACGGGUACGGAGGUGUCAACUUCAUGGAUGAUGCCAACAUCCCAUCACUACUUUCACUUCCGGAUAUGGGGUUCGGAACCAUCGAUGAUCCAGUUUACCAGAAUACAAGGAAAAUGAUCUUGAGUAAAGUGGGGAACCCAUAUUUCUUGAACGGGAAGUAUCUGCAAGGUGUCGGUGGUCCACACGUCGGACUAUUCCAUGCAUGGCCAAUGAGUUUACUUGUUCAAAUCAGAACUAGCGAUGACGAUGAGGAGAUCACUGAGCUUCUUGACAUGAUCAAAAAUACCACAGCUGGCCUAGGACUCAUGCACGAAGGGGUCAACGUCAACGCUCCCAGCGGAAAGCUGUAUACCCGUCCGUGGUUCAGUUGGUGUAAUUCGGAAUUCGGGAAAACCAUUCUGGACCUAGCGGAGCGUAAACCGUGGCUUAUUUUUAGUGAGGAAAAGUCCACUCUACAUAAGUCACUUUAA